AUGGCAGGAUUUUUAAAAGUCAAAGGAACGAAAAUUGUAGAUGAAAAUGAUGAACCAGUUAUUUUAAAGGGAAGUGCCACUGGUGGUCACUUGAAUAUGGAAAACUUUAUUACUGGUUAUCCAGGACAUGAAACUGAACAUAAACAAGUCAUUCUCAAGAAGAUCGGUAAAGAAAAAUUCGAUUUCUUCUUUGAUAAGUUUUAUGAUUAUUUCUGGACUGAAAGUGAUGCAAAAUUAUUUAAAUCCUUAGGUUUAAAUUGUCUUAGAAUUCCUUUCAAUUAUCGUCAUUUCAUUGAUGAUGAUGGUGAUAUGUUUACCAUUAAUCCUAAAGGAUUCGAAAGAUUAGAUAAAAUCAUCAAUUCAUGUUCUAAAGAAGGUAUCUAUACCAUUUUAGAUUUGCAUGCUGUUCCUGGAGGACAAAAUCAAGAUUGGCAUUCAGACUCCAAAAUUCAUUUCGCUUUAUUCUGGGAAUUCAAAGUUUUCCAAGAUGUUAUUGUUAACUUAUGGGGUAAAAUAGCUGACUAUUAUAAAGAUAAUCAAUGGGUUGCUGGUUAUAACCCAUUAAAUGAACCUGCUAGUUCCGAUCAUUCUAAAUUAGUUGAAUUUUAUACUAGAGUUGAAAAAGCUAUCAGAUCAGUUGACCCAAAUCAUAUUUUAUACUUAGAUGCUAACACCUAUGCUAUGGAUUUCCGUCAAUUCCCUGAUGAACCAUUCCCAAAUUCUGUUUACGCUAUUCAUGAUUAUUCUGUUUUUGGAUUCCCUAACUUAGAAGGUACUUUAUAUCAAGGUAAUGAAGAUCAAAAGGGUAAAUUGAAGAAACAAUACGAAAGAAAAGUUGAAUUCAUGAAGAAACAUAAUGUCCCAGUUUGGAAUGGGGAAUUCGGUCCCGUUUAUGAUAGUGAAGUUAGAGGUGAUACCAAUGUCGAAGUCACUAAUAGAGCUAGAUAUCAAGUCUUGAAAGAUCAAUUAGAAGUUUAUAAAAGUGGAGACCCAUCUGGUGAUGGUUCACCAAUUAGUUGGUCUAUCUGGGUUUACAAAGAUAUUGGUUUCCAAGGUUUAACUUAUGUUUCACCUAAAUCCAAAUGGUUCCAAGUAUUUGGGGAAUUCUUAUUGAAGAAGAAGAAAUUAGGAUUAGAUAAAUGGGGUAAUGCUAUUGAUGCUGAAUAUGACAAAUUAUAUAAAGAUUUGGAAAACCAUAUGUUAGAAAAUAUUCCUGAAGAACAUCAUAAAGCUUUAUAUCCAAAUGUUUGGACUAUAAGUGAUUAUUUAGCAAGAGUAUGUAGAGAUAUGUUAUUCUCCCAAUAUGCUCAACAUGAAUUUGCUGAUUUAUUCGUAGGCUUAUCUUUCGAAGAAUUGGAUGAAUUAGCUGCUUCUUUUAAAUUGGAAAAUUGUUUACAAAGGGAUGAAUUGAAUCAAAUUUUGAAAGAAUAUUAG